AUGGACCUUCGCCUGACGCAGACGCAACCCUUACAGCCCGUCAGGCUCCUCGAGCUGCCGCCCGAACUGCUAGACCAGCUCGAAUCAGACCAUCCGCCGCAGCUGUAUCUAAAGUCAUCUGCGCCCGCCGCCUCCUCUUCUUCCUCUACCACCACGACCACUUCGACCAGCACUUCGACUUCGGCUACAAGUACAGCUACAAGUGCGUCUUCUGCAGCUUCACGGCCUGGAGCAGACUUUGUCAACCUGUGCACGCCGGACAAGACGUUCUCGCUACGACAGGUCAACUCCUCCAACUCCGUCUUCCUGAUCAAGCCUCGCGGGGCCGCAGACAGAGCUACAGCCACAGCUCCAGCUACAGACACAGACACAGACACAGCAGCAUCUACAGCAUCUACAGUCACAGCCAUCGCACAGUGCAAGUCUACGCUCGAAGUCCAGGCCAUGGCCUCCUCUGACACCGCCGUCGCGCCCCUGCUGGCCGUCCUCGCCAUCUACGACGAAAGCGACAUCCUCAUCGACGACCGCACAGAGGAAGACGACCACCCGCUCUCCCCCUCCGAGAUCGUCCGCGAGCGCUCAAAGGUCUUCGCAGAUAUACCCUUCUCCCUCGCCGAGUGCGAGCGCGCCUGGAAACACAUCUGCGCAUUCGUGCACAAGAGCAAGGAAUCGGGAGUCAUCGCCUGCCACCGUCCAUCCGCCAGAGCGAAGCUCAUGGCCUGGGAGAAGAUUGUCGAGGGGGCAACGCUGCAUGGCAUCGAUCUCGGCAAGCAGUUCCUUGUCGAAGACCUAUGGAGUGCAGUCAUAGAGGAAGCUCAACACACCGUCAUUGACGAGUAUCCGUUUCCUCGCUCCCUCUUUGACGCCAUUGUGCGCAGGCUCGUCGACAAUUCUCCCAUUGAUGGAGACCUCAAGUGGGCGAAUCUGGAUCUACGUAUAACUGCCCAAUGGACUGCGGAGCUCCUCCUGGAGGCGUCUAACGGCUCCCCCAAGUCUGUUCUCAACGUCGACACGUUCUCCAGCGACUGGAAAGAUCUCCUGCCAGAGCAAUGGAGACCAUAUGCAUCUAUCGACAAUCUGGACAAAUCCUGCUAUCGCCAGCCAGAGGCGACGACCAUCUGUUUCCGGCCAAAUCAUGGUUAUUAA